AUCACACUAUCCAAGGGUCACAUUUAGUCCAGGUUCAUUGCUGGUGUCACAGGACAUUCACAAUGCGGUGUCUGCUUUCAGCUUAUCUUCUGCCAUUGAUUCUGCAUUUGUGCACCAGUGCAGACUGGUGCUACCAGACACAAGUGAGCUGUGAUGGCCACUGUAAAGGUCCAGACCAGUGGCGAGAAGUACAUGCAGAAUGUGGAAACAACAGACAGUCGCCGAUCAACAUAGUGACGAAGAAAACCAAACUAGAUGAGCGACUCACGCCUUUCAAAUUCUCCGGCUAUCAGAACGGAUUCGACAGCACCAUCAGGAACAACGGUCACUCUGUUCAGGUCAAUAUACCUGUCACAGCCACAGUGUCUGGAGGAAACCUGGGAGAAACAUACAAGGCCGUACAGUUCCACCUUCACUGGGGCACCGACGGAGGGCCUGGAUCUGAACACACGAUAGAUGGAGAGCAGUACCCUAUGGAGCUGCAUAUUGUCCAUAUGAAACAAAGAUACAACAGACUAGAAGAUGCACUCAAAGACCCGUCUGGAGUUGCAGUGCUGGGGUUCUUCUACGAGGAGUCGAGCAGCACAAACAAAAAAUAUGACCAACUCACACAUUCCCUGCGUAGUGUGCAGAAUGCGAAUGGAAACACGACCCUUCGCAGGAUCUCUCUGAAUCAGCUCAUUCCAUCCGAAGGGAAUAUGACUAACUAUUACCGGUAUGACGGCUCACUAACCACACCGGGCUGCACUGAGGCUGUAGUGUGGACUAUCUUUGAAAAUCCAAUUCCUCUUGACAGAGAACAGCUUCGGGUGUUCUCUUCCCUGCGGUUCCAUGAUGGGAAACCAAUGGUGGACACGUUUAGACCCGUGCAGCCUCUAAACAAACGUCCUGUGUAUCGCUCCGGCGGUGCAGCAGUUCUGGCCAGCGCUGUCCUUCUGUUUGUCUCCAUCAUUACAACGUUUGUCCUGUCCCAUCUCAACUAGAACGAGAUUCACCCAUUAUCUGCAUGAUUAACACAAUGAGUUCUCAUCGAAUCAAAGCACCGACCUGAUCGAGCCAAACCGCAGAAUUACAGCAUCACAAAUGAAGUAAAACCCUAAAGGGCAGAAACAUACUUUACGCAAGUACGCAAACGCUGAUGCCAAUGUUUGGCCAACUGGUUGCAAGUGUGCAGUCUUGUUAGUCUUAAAGUGUGAUCUUAUGUUACAGUGGCAGUAACAAACUUCAGUUCACAAGGGGCCAAGGGGGCAAUAGAGUUUCCUUCAAAUGUCUGUGCCAUUAAACUGGAGGUGUUAUUAUUCAGGUAGAUAGCUAUAAAUAUGUCAACAGUUUAACUUGUUAACUUGUUAGACCAGUGAUGUGUGUAAUCUGAUUACAAAGUAAUUAGUUACUGUAAUCUUAUUACUUUUAAGUAAAAAAAAAAAAGUAAAAGUAGUGCAACACAUUACAUUUUAAAUUCUUGUAAUCAGACUUUCGAUUGAUUUCGAAGUCAUUUGUAAUGUGUUUCUGAAGUAAUGAGUAAAGUAAUCCGAUUACAAUUUUAGAGAAGUGUUUAUUUGUAGUGGAUUACUUUUUUGAGUGACUUACCCAACACUGGUCAACAUGACUGUAGAAGACAGUUCACAUUAAUGUUCGCUAUAGCGCCCCUUGAGGCAACGCUGAGAAUGCAGCGCCUUUAUGAAUUGCACUUUAAUAAAUUUUGCAACACAGUGACGAAUGAGAUCCAGCUUGCGAAGCUAGAAGCGUUUGCGUCCAUGUACAUAGACUAUGUUUCAGGCCAAACAAGCAGUUUCUACAAGAAGCUAGAGUAGUCAGUUCACUGCAUGAGUAGAAUGAAAAUUAGAAGUGUGCUCGUAGCUAUCAAUAGAAACUGGACUAAACCCUGUGUGACCCGCUGUGAAGAGCUGGCAGGUAACAAAUGCAUGACCCAUCAUAGAGGCCGGCCAAGACUCUUGCAUAUGUGCACGUACACACGCAUACACACAGAACUAUAUUUAUGAGGUUGAUGCUUUCGAUGUGAGUUGCUGUAAAGGUGCAUUGCAAACUCACUCAGCAAAUGAAUGAUCAGCACUCUACAAGUGCACGACGCAAAGAUCAAGGGUGAAAGGUCAUAUAGCCUGGACUUGUCUGCUGAGAACAGAUCAAAGCAGUUAUGCACAGAAAAAACCAGGGGAUGCAAAUACACACACAACUUGACAUUUACAUUAAUGCUCUUGGCAGACAAAUUCGUUUGUCACUUAAAGGGAUAGUUCACCCAAAAAUGAAAAUUCUCAUCCUUUUUUACUAUAAAUUCUACAUUUUCACUUUCACAUUCACAUUCUUCAUGCAUAUUACCACCAACUGGGCAGGGAGGAGAAUUUAUAGUUCUGUAUAACUAUAUAAGACUUAAAUAUUGAUCUGUUUCCCAUCCACACCUAUCAUAUCACUUCUGAAGACAUGGAUUAAACCACUGGAGUUGUAUGGAUUACUUUUAUGCUGCCUUUAUGUGCUUUUUGGAGCUUUAGAGUUCUGGUCACCAUUCACUUGCAUUGUAUGGACCUACAGAGCUGAAAUAUUCUUCUAAAAAUCUUCAUUUGUGUUCUGCAGAAGAAAGUCAAACACAUCUGGGAUGGCAUGAGGGUGAGGAAAUGAUGAGAGAAUUUUCAUUUUUGGGUGAACUGUCCCUUUAAGACAAAACAAACACUUAAAAAUGCUCGGAAGGUCAACAUUAAAAUGCUGUUUUCUGUGGCAAGAGGUUGUCAAUUUCACAACAGUUAACUGAGUCAUUCUCAGGAAGUGGUGCCAUUUGUGCAAAAACAUUAGCAUGCAAUUACAAUAUUUCUUUUCUGUAAAAAUUGAUCACUACGAGUUUUCUUCCCAUAACACAGUUGAACUUUCAAGGUUGACAAGGCCAGUAUGAGUGCAACAAUAAUGAAGUUUACUCACAUUUAAAAACAGAGAGUGCAGAGAUGAUGAAAAUUCAUUUUCUAAGGAAAUGCAUAAAGCAUUUUUGGAAGAAAAAAAAAGUAUUUUUUGUAUUGUAUAUAAGUGUAACAGUGAAAAAUGGGGAUAUGCAACAUGGCUUAUUAAAAUCAUACAUUUACAGAUAAAAUGAAUGUUUUUUUUUUUUUUUUAAUAUGUUUGCAUUACACAUUAAACAAACUAAAUCUAUCAAAUGAUUCAGUAUUCUGUUAAUUAUAUCAAAAGUCAUGCGAACUCACAAAUGGCACCGUUUCCUGGAGAGUGACCCAGUCACACCAUCUUUUGCAUGACACUGUACAACUGAUUAAAUCUGGACUCGCAAUAUAAAGUCAUGCAUCCUACACGCAAACUAUUUUAUUACAUAUCUAAAAGACUGUGUUCAGUAUGGGGGCUUUUAUUCAGGUCUGUUGUGAGAACGCAUGAAUUGUGUUUUGUAGAAUCUGUGGGUGUCAGAUCCACUGAACGUUAGAACUCUCUCUGUAUCAGAAAGUAUAUGAUGCAAACAUCAUCUUAUAUAUGAAAUAUUUUGCCAUAAAGGCCAAGAUUACAUGUGCAGAGUAUAUAAACAGGGAUACGUGCAACUUCUGCUCUCAUGACACACAUAAAGACAUGUAUGUACUGUAUGUAUGUAUGUUAAUCUAAAUGCUGCUGUUUUCUUACUUGUAUUAUUGCAUAAAAGCAUUGGAAUGGAUUUUACACUGAAUGUUACACUUAAAUAAAGCUGAUACAAUUAUUGCCAUCUC